AUGGCCUCGAAUGUGGUGGUAUUGUUUGAGGGCAACCGACAAGUUGUCAAGACAACUCCCACGAUGGCCUUGAAACAAAUAGUCAAUACUGUGUGUACGAAACGCAAGCUUGAUCCUGAAAAAUAUGGACUGAAAUUGAAUAAAACGGUUCUUGAUCUUUCGUUGUCCGUGCGGUUCGCUAAUUUGGCGCCCGGUGCAAAACUUGAAUUAGUACGUUUAAAUGCAUCGAAAGUUCAAAAGGAAAUUACUGUUGCUCUUCAGCUUGGCGAAGAGGGAAGAUUCAUAUCGAAGUUUAUGCUCAAUACAAGUCUGUGGGACAUACUCAGUCGAUUUGAACAGCAGUCGGCUGAUGGUUCGCUAAACAUAACACACCGAACUGCAAAGACAACUCAGACUAAUAGGAACGCGUUAAGCAAACUGGUUAGAUCAGACAAGACGUUAUACUACCAACAACCUGUCUGUAUCCUUUCGAACAAAGAGUAUUCAACAAUAUCAGCACUGAAAUCUACGACACUGCAAUCUUUAGGACUCACUUCUGGUAACAUUUUAAUACGCGUAUUAUUUAGACAUACGAAUCUUACAUUGGACGACGCCGUAGCUGAAAUUAUGGCUACUAGUACUUCUAAUGUUGCAAAGACAUCAUCCGUAGCCACAAACUCUUCAUCUGCAAGUGUUUCUACACAUGCACCAACCGCCUCUCCAAUCAAAACUUCUCUAACUACACCUCCUUCAACUGCAUCUCCAAUCACGCAAACAUCUAAAUCAACGGAAUUACCUCACGCGGUACACAUCGAGUCCACUGAAAUGCCUCCCACUACUGCCGAUCUACCGGCAACGCUUUCACAAGGAGAUGUGGGCACCACUGAUAAUUUGUCGACGGAAAUUGAAGAAAAAAGGGGAGUCGAGAAAAAGGAAAAGAUGGUAGCUGCCGCAAUAGGGAUCGAGGUACAGGAACAAAUGGAAGUUGAGAAAAAGGAGAUUGAUGAAAGGGAGAAAAUGAAAGUUGCGGCAACAGAGAUCAAGAUACAGGAACCAAUGGAAGUUGAUGAAAAGGAGAUUGAUGAAAAGAAACAAACGGGAGUUGCGACAACAGAGAUCGAGAUAAAGGGAGAAAUGCCGAAAUUCUUUGACAGGAACGUUAAAGUGUAUAAUCCACCUCCGGAUAAUAUGCAAAUGACACAUAUCGAACUUCCGGAUUCAUUCUACGAACUUACACCAACAGAAUUGAAAUAUCUUAUUGCAAUGCAAAAGGCAAAAAACACAGCUUUGGAGAAUGCUGUGUUUAAAACUAAGGCUGUAAGAGACCAAGAAUUAGCUGCUCGAGAGCGCAAAUAUCCAAAGACAUUGAUACGUAUACGAUUUCCGGAUCGAACACAGUUGGAAGGAUCGUUUCUGUCAAAGGAGCCUGUGGAAGAAUUGUACAGAUUUGUAAAAGAGGCAAUAAGCACACCAGCGAGAGAAUUUUACUUAUUUAUCACUCCCCCUAGAAACGUAUUGGAUAAUAUGCAGAUAAGUUUAUACAAAGCUGAAUUGUCGCCUGCAUCAAUUGUGCAUUUCAACUGGUCAGAUCAUCAGUCAGACGACCUUCCCUAUUUGAAUUCUACUUAUCUCCUCCUCCGUCAAGAUCUUAUUCAAUCUACGAAUGAAUCAGUUCCAACAUCUAGUUCAUUCAUCUCAGAAUCAGCCGAUUCGCACUCUCGUGGUUAUUCUCUAAAGGAGUCAUCGUCACAAGAGGGCGGAAGUAAGAGAAACGAACGUGCGGCAAGCGCAGAUGGAAGUACAAGCGGACUCACGGGCGGGAGGGCAGACGCAAGUACGAGUAAACGCACAAGUGGAAAUUUGGAUAAAAGUAAACGGCAAUUUGCUAAAUGGUUCAAGUUUAUCAAUAAGUGA